CCGGGCGCGCCCCCACUCCGCCCGGCCGCCAGCUCCCGUGGUCCCGCCGUCCGCUCGCCUGCCCGUCGCCCGUGCGCCAUGCAGCCGCCACCCGCCCCGCGCGCGUAGGCGCUCGCCGCAGGCCAUGCUGCUCCCGCUCGCCGCGCUGCUGGCCGCCGCCUGCCCGCUGCCGCCUGCCCGCGGCGGGGCCGCGGAUGCGCCGGGCCUCGGCGGGGCGCCCCUCAACGCCUCCGUCAACGCGUCGUCCGAGGGCGAGCCCGCCGCUCCGCGGCUGCUGGCCUCGGCGGCUCCCGGGACCCCCGAGCGCCCGGACCCGGAGGAGGCGGCGGCGGCGUGCAACAUCAGCGUGCAGCGGCAGAUGCUGAGCUCGCUGCUCGUGCGCUGGGGCCGCCCGCGGGGCUUCCAGUGCGACCUGCUGCUCUUCUCCACCAACGCGCACGGCCGCGCCUUCUUCGCCGCCGCCUUCCACCGCGUCGGGCCGCCGCUGCUCAUCGAGCACCUGGGGCUGGCGGCCGGCGGCGCGCAGCAGGACCUGCGCCUCUGCGUGGGCUGCGGCUGGGUGCGCGGCCGCCGCCCCGGCCGCCUCCGGCCCGCCGCCGCCGCCUCCGGGGCGCCCACCGCGCUGCCCGCCUACCCCGCAGCCGAGCCCCCCGGGCCACUGUGGCUGCAGGGCGAGCCGCUGCACUUCUGCUGCCUGGACUUCAGCCUGGAGGAGCUGCAGGGCGAGCCGGGCUGGCGGCUGAACCGCAAGCCCAUCGAGUCCACGCUGGUCGCCUGCUUCAUGACCCUGGUCAUCGUCGUGUGGAGCGUGGCCGCCCUCAUCUGGCCGGUACCCAUCAUCGCCGGCUUCCUGCCCAACGGCAUGGAGCAGCGCCGGACCACCGCCAGCGCUGCCGCCGCCGCCGCCGCCCCCGCCGCCGUGCCCGCGGGGACCACCGCCGCGGCCGCCGCCGCCGCCGCCGCCGCCGCCGCCGCCGCCGCGGCCGUCACCUCGGGGGCGGCGGCCAAGUGACCCGGCCCGCUCUUCCCCGCGUCCGCCCUGUGGCCGCGCUCUCGGGUGCCUUUCCCGCCGGGAGACUCGGCCGGUGUGCUUCGUGCUGUGGUGACCGUUAGUUCUUCCUCCGGGGAGGGGGCCGCCGGAGGGGCCCCAGCGGCUUUGCCCAGCGACCUGCGUGCCGCGCGUCGUUCCGGAAGGCAGGUGGUAGUCCUUGCGCCCGCAGGGUGGGAUCCGCAGCUAGGAAGAGAGGAGGGAAACGGGGCCCUUUCCCCUCUAUUGUAUCCCCCUGCCCUCCUUCCUCCCCGCACCCACGUGCCCUACAUUCAUGGCAGAAAAUGACCAAAUCCUGUGUAUUUGUUUUAUAUACUUAAUAACUGUUUUAAAUGAAAGUUUUAGUAAAAAAAAAAAUCGAAUUGCUAUUGCUGUAGUAAGAGAAGCUCUUUGUAUCCAAACAUAGUAUUUGAAGUUAGUUGUUUUUUAAUUUAUUUAAAAGGGGAGGGGGCAUGGGAAGGAUUUCACACCCACAUAUUGUUACCGCUAAAAAUGAACUUUAUGAACCUUUUCCAAAUCGAUCUAUCCAGUGACGUGGCCUGGUGGGCGUUUCUUGUACUAAUGUGGUUUUUUUGGCUUUUAAUACAGACAUUUUCCUCCAGA